AUGUUUCCUGCAAAAAUCAUUUUCCAUCAACCCCAACAACAGAAGAAGAGAGGCCCACCAAAGAAGUCUUUUGCUCAUGGAUUGCGGCUCUCUCCCACUAAAUUUUCUGAAUCUCGUGGAGCUUCUACUUCAGAAAAUCUCUCUAAGAAGUCUCGUGGGAGGCCCCAGGGAUUUGGAGAGAAGAACCGACCAAAAAAUUUAGUGAAUCAUGAAGAUUCUAGUGCUGGUGGUGAUUUUACUGGUAUUUCUUCUUCCAAAAUUCAAGGUAAGAAGCCCUUUGGGAGGCCGUUGUGCUCUGGAAACAAGCAGAAGGAAGAAGCUCUAGGUAAGCUAAUAACCUUCUCAAAACAAGGACCACAACGAUGGGUAGUUUGUAUAUCUGCAACUGGAGUCGACGUUGUAGGUAAGCUAAUAACCUUCUUACAACAAGGACCACGACCAUGGGCACUUUCUAUUAUAUCUGCAACUGGAGUCAUAUGUAGUGUGAAGCUACGGGAGUCUGUAAUUGGUGGUGGAACUGUGACUUAUGAGGGUCAAUAUGAUAUCAUCUCAUUAUCAGGCUCAUUGUUGCUGCCAGACAAUAAUGAUAGCUUUGGAAUAACGGGUGGUCUAAGUGUGUUACUGUCUAGGCCCGAUGGAAGUAAUAUUUGUGGCAUUGUAGCAGAAAUGCUCAAGGCUUCCUCUCGGGUAGAGCUGGUUGUGGGUAGCUAUAUUCCGGAAAAGGAAAAGCCUAUGCCUGAGGAACCAUCUUCAACUUGUUGA